AUGAGACUUCUCAUCCUGACCUGCCUGGUGAUCUGCAGUCUCUCUGCACACACUGUGGAAGGUGUGGGGAGUGAAGUUCUAGAAAAGAGCAUCUGUGUGAGUCUGACUACACAGCGACUGCCAAUUAAAAACAUCAAGACCUACACCAUCAAGGAGGGCUCCAUGAAAGCAGUGAUAUUCAUUACCAGACGUGGCCUUAAAGUCUGUGCUGAUCCCCACGUUGACUGGGUGAAAAAAGCUGUCCGAACAAUAGACAAGUCCAACAGGAGAAGUGUGAGCCAGACCAAGCCUACAGAAGCCCAACAAUCCCCCAAAACAGCUGUGACCCUGACUGGGUAG